UUUAGUCAAACAAACAAAUAGUUUGUCAGAAAAUUUGAAAUUUAAACAACUGUUGAGUGUCUGUGGAUCUGAUCGAUAGUCAAUGCAGACAACAAUGUCUUCACAGUUUGUAACUCAAGAUAAUGUAGUAUUUGUUAAAGGAUUGCCCGUUGGAUGCGAUGUCAACUCAUUGAAGAAAUUAUUUUCAUUUUACGGUAAUGUAAAGUACGUUAAGAUUAACGCCAACGACACACAACCCGUGGCUUUCGUUACUUACGAUACGAUCAAAUCAGCCGAUGAGGCCAUCAAAGCCACCAAUGGUUAUCCAUUCAAUGGUUUUUAUCUUAAUGUGUCAAAAGCUCGACGAAAUAUGAGUAAAGUGACCGAAAAUAUUGCCGACAACUGUUCGGGUUUUAAUCCAAAGAUUAGUAUUGUCACGACUGCCAAAUGGCAAGUCAUUAAUUGGUUGAAUCAAAAUAAAGACAAUUUAGACUCUAAGCCACAACACAAACAAGACAUUUGUAAUAAAAGUAAAGAUUUUGUGUCACAGUUGGUCCCAAACAUUAAUUCAAAUCUUCAACAAACCAGUAAUUUAGAGAAGUCAUUGUCACCAACAGUUGAAAAUGUCGAAGAAGUAUCACAUUAUGUUAGCGACGUAACCAUCAGUGAGAUAUAUGAAGACUUGUUGGCACAAAUAUUUGAUUACUUACCGAUGAAACAAUUAUUUUCUAUACAAAGAGUUUGCACUUUGUGGCAAAGUGUGGUUAAAUCGAUGCUUAAAUACCAAAAAGUUAUAACAUUUGGUAUCAAACCAAGUGUCACCUGUAGUGAUCCAAAUCAUAAGUCAAAUGAAUUUAAUGAUUUGACUGACGCUAUCAGAGAACCAAAUGGUAGCAUAUAUUUGAAAAAUAUCGAAAAAUUGGCGCCAAUUAUACGUCCGAUGGAAUCAAUUGAAUGUCUUCAUGUGGCCAACUGUCGUAUUGACACAAUUGCGCUUAAAUGGCUGAUAAAUAGUUGUCCUAAUAUUACUUGUUUGCGAUUUGUUAACAUUGAAGGUCUUUUAAGGACUGAUUGGCCCAAAUUUAUGCGAUCACUUUGUUCCAAAAUAACUCACUUUUCAUAUGCGGGCAAUACAUUAAACGAAUGGAAAAGUCUCUCAACAAUGGUUUCAUCGUUUCCUCUUCUCGAAGAACUCGUGAUAUCUGAUUGUAUUCAAGACUUGAAACAUGUUUUUCAAGGAAUUGGUAUAAAAUUAUAUAGUCUUUCAAUUGAAAAUUGUGAUCGACUAACACCUCAAGCAUUUUAUAGUCUAAAACAAAUGAAAAGUUCAGAAAUUCAGUUUUUAUUCAUUGAUUUAAUCAAUAAUUACAAUUGUUUGUCAAUAAUUCAUGCUAUUUAUGAAUCAUUACCCAAUUUACAGCAUUUGAGAGCUGUCAACAUUGGAGACAAAGAGAUCAAAUGUUUUAUACACGACAAGGAAUCAAACAAAUUGUCAAUUUUGAUCAAAGAAGCGACUGAUGAUUGGAAUGAAAUUAUUAAAUAUUUGGCAAAAGAUGUCGAAUUUCUUGAGAUAACUGGUCCGCUAUUCGCUGACUUAUUUAAAGAAUUUUCACAACAAUUUCCUAAUUGUAAUCAACUUAAACUCAAUGGAUGUCUUAUUUGGUGCAAUUGUGAGCUCAAGAAACAAGAUAUUAUUGAUGGAUGUGAAUACAGUUGUAGCGAUUGCUACAAACAAUUGCUCCAAAAUGUCUUCAUCGCUAAAAUCAAUGUUUUUGAUUUGAAUAACAAGGAAUACGCGUGGAAUCCAAAAGUCAAUUACAAGUAG